AUGGGACACUUGGUUACCCUCGCAACCUGUUCCCUAAACCAAUGGGCUCUCGACUUCGAGGGCAAUGCGGAACGCAUUAUCGAAAGUAUUCGCCAGGCUAAAGCUGCUGGCGCCACCCUCCGUGUUGGUCCCGAGCUCGAGAUUACCGGGUAUGGCGUUCUUGAUGGGUUCCUGGAGGGCGAUACCUUCCUCCACUCCUGGGAGAUGCUGGCCCGCAUCAUUGACCAUCCGGACACCCAGGAUAUCGUGGUCGAUGUUGGAAUGCCUAUCAGACAUCGCAAUGUGAGAUAUAAUUGCCGGGUUAUAUUCUUCAAUAAAAAGAUCAUUCUCAUCCGCCCUAAGAUGUGGCUCGCAAACGAUGGUAACUACCGAGAGCACCGGCACUUUACCCCGUGGCAGCGACCCCAAGAGGUGGAAGAUUAUUAUCUCGAGCAGAUCGUCGGCAGCAUUACCGGCCAGUACAAAGUCCCAUUCGGCGACGCGGUUAUCAGCACUCGGGACACCUGCCUUGGCCUUGAGACCUGUGAAGAACUCUUCACGCCCAAUGGUCCCCACAAUGCCUACGGUCUUGCUGGUGUGGAGAUUAUCUCCAAUUCUUCGGGAAGCCACCACGAGCUCCGAAAGCUCGACACACGUAUCAAUUUGAUCACACAGGCCACCAAGCUCAGUGGUGGUAUCUAUUUAUAUGCCAAUCAACAAGGAUGUGACGGUGACCGUUUGUACUACGACGGCUGUGCUAUGAUUGUGGUCAAUGGUGAAAUAGUAGCUCAAGGGUCCCAGUUCUCUCUGAACGAUGUGGAGGUUGUCACCGCCACUGUCGAUAUUGAGGAUGUCAGAACAUACCGCUGCAGCGUCAGCCGUGGCAUGCAAGCAAGCAAGCAGUCUCCCUAUGUUCGCCUUGAUCUUGACACGAGACUGUCUCGUCGCGGCGAAGAUGCCGAUCCUGCUCUCACGAUUUCCGCGCCUAUCAAGCCUCGCUACCAUGCACCAGAGGAAGAGAUUGCCCUUGGACCAGCUUGCUGGCUGUGGGAUUACCUCCGUCGAUGCGGUGCCGCUGGUUUCUUCAUCCCCCUUAGUGGUGGCAUCGAUAGCUGUGCUACGUCGGUGAUUGUGCACUCAAUGUGCCGUGAGGUCCUCAAGGGUGUAAGGGAAGGCAACGAGCAAGUCAUUAAGGAUGUUCGCCGACUUUGUGCUAAGCCAGCCGACUCGGAUUGGCUUCCUACCAGUAGUCAAGAGAUUGCAAAGGCAAUUUUCCAUACGAGCUACAUGGGCACUCAGAACUCCAGUCAUGAGACAAGAGACCGCGCGAAGAGGCUGGCCGCGGACAUUGGCUCUUAUCAUAUCGAUUUCAAUUUCGACACCGUCGUGACUGCGAUCAUGACCCUCUUUACUGUCGUCACCAAUUUCCAGCCCCGCUUCAAGGUUCACGGCGGCAGUGGUGCCGAGAAUGCGGCCCUACAGAAUGUGCAAGCCCGCAUGAGAAUGGUUCUAGGUUAUCUCUUUGCUCAGCUGCUGCCAACUGUCCGUCAACGCCCUGGCGGUGGUGGCCUUUUGGUCUUGGCGGCAUCAAACGUUGAUGAAUGUCUACGAGGCUACCUCACCAAGUACGAUGCCAGUUCUGCUGACCUAAACCCAAUUGGUUCCAUCUCCAAGGUUGACCUCAAGAAGUUCAUUGGUUGGGCAGGCCGUAACUUUGACCUUCCAAUUUUGGAGGAAUUCCUAGACGCCACGCCCACAGCCGAACUCGAACCAAUCACAGAAACCUAUGUGCAGUCAGAUGAGGCAGACAUGGGCGUGACUUACGCUGAGCUUGGCGUGUUCGGGUACAUGCGUAAGGUUUCGAAGCUCGGUCCAUGGAGCAUGUAUGAAAAGCUUCUGCACGUCUGGGGCCACGAAUAUAGUCCUCGUGAGAUUUACGAGAAGACAAGGCACUUCUUCUACAACUACUCUAUCAACCGUCAUAAAAUGACAGUCAUCACCCCAAGCUACCACGCUGAGCAGUACAGUCCUGAAGAUAAUCGCCAUGAUCUUCGGCAGUUUUUGUACCCCUCCUUCACCUGGGCUUACAAGAAGAUGGAGGAUAGUGUCAAGUACUGGGAGUCCAAGGGCUGGAAUACUGGGAAAGCACAGAAGAAGAGUGUCAAGGCCGAUUGA